AUGACCUGUUCUCCAUAUCUUGCAAUUCAGGUAAUACUUCAAUUGGUUGCGGACAAAAAGGCUGAUUACCCUUUGGCAGCUGCAGUUUUUGCGAACGACACCUAUGUGGAUGAUUUAUUCUUUUGUGGAAUUGAUAAGCCUUCCACUCUUGUUUUAAGAGAUCAGCUUAUUCAAUUGGCUUCCUCUGGUGGUUUUCGCUUACGUAAGUGGUUUAGCAAUUGCUCUGAUCUACUCUCAGGUUUGGAUGAAUCGGAGCACGGUUUAGCGAUGGAGAUCCCCUUUGAUGAUUCUUAUUCCGGAUUCAAAGUUCUUGGGAUUUUAUGGAAUCCUUCAGACGAUGCAUUUCGCUUUCACACUUCGGAGUUGGUUCAUGAAAAUGCUACUAAACGAUCAUUGCUUUCAACUGUUGCCAGGUUGUAUGAUCCUAUGGGAUGGCUGGCUCCAGUUAUUAUUAUUGCGGAAAUUCUACUACAAAAACUCUGGUUAAGAAAACUUGAAUGGGAUCAACCGCUGCCCCCUGACCUUGCUCAGGAAUGGCAUGAAUUUUGCUCUAAAUUACCUGCCUUGUCGAGUAUUUCAAUUCCAAGAUGGACUUCUCAAGGUGCAGAUACUCAGUCGAUUCAGAUACAUGGGUUUUCCGACGCAUCCCGCCUAGCUUAUGCUGCUGCUGUAUAUUUGCGCAUCGUUUCCGAAUCCGGCCAAAUCUUCGUUAAACUUCUCAUAGCUAAAACCAAGGUUGCACCGAUUAAAACAGUGAGCAUUCCGAACCUUGAAUUAUGUGCCGAAUUAUCGCGAGCAUGA